AUGUCCAUUGUUAGGGCAGACUCACGCCCUAUAGAAAAUGAUGAAGAGGGCGCCUAUUUAUCCUUCGAUACUGCCUCUCAAGGCACGCUGUUUCUUACCUGGAGUAGACACAGCGUGCCCAACGCCUUAAUGCACUUCACCCCCCGCAAGCCCGUGCCUGCAUUUAAAUAUUCAACAAACCAGGGGAGAACAGAACUUAUUAGAAACUGUCAGGGAGAUAGUAAAAGAUAUUUUCAAGGUUGGUGCGCAUUCUUAAAGGCAGUGAAGGCAUUUGAUGGCGAAGUAACGAUGAUAGAAUCUGCAGGGCCUCUGAAGACGCAGGUGUGGCUGCACAGAGGAGAUACAAACGAAGUAAUAAAACUAGAAGCAAACACUGCUUAUGAAUUAAAUGCAGUUGACGGGGUUGCUGCUACUCCUCUAGAGAGUGCAGCACUGCAAGCGAAGACACUAACUUCUAAUCUAUUCAAAGAAAAAGCAGAAAGAGCGGGCGCUUGCAUUAUGCUCAGCUAA